GUCGAAUGGAAUGGAGUCUAGAGUCCAUGUGACUGUACUCUCAAGUAUGACAUCUUUUUUGUUGUCCCAAUUUUUUUAACAAUGUCAUUGGAUAUUUUGAUUCCCCCGGAGGUGUAAUACCGUGCCAGGUGGAAUUAAUGAAACUUAUAUAUUGGUUUAAAAAAGUUUUCCAAUGACUACGCAUUUAGUGAAUUAUUAAUCGUUAGAUUGAGGCUUUUCUGGGAACACGACAAUGGCACUUAGAGAGUUGGUCGAGGGGGAUUGCGGUGGUCCAGGGCCACUCGCGGGCUUCGCCUCACACCUGGUGCAGGACCGGGGGUUCAGGGAAGAGGGCAUUGGUCAGUCUAGAGAGGUCCCCCUGGAGCACGCCACUCCUGAUCAGUUGGUUGAUGAGUUUCUCGGGGGCAGGGCUAAUGCACAUCCCGCUACUUUUCGUAUGAAUAAUAUCCUUCAGCAGGUUCAGGAGAUUGAUCAUGGCAUUCAGCAUCCUCUACCACCACCUUCCAUGGUCAGGGAACAGGACUCUGAGUGGGCGAAUCAGUUUAUGAACACGAGGACCGAAUUUUUUACAACAAAUGCAGAUCAAAUCUGGUCUGAGAAUGCUCUCCCUCGUCUUCCACCCCCUGAAUCCAAUGAACUCGGUCUUGGUGUCCAGUGGGCAGAGGACUACUUCGAGCACACAUUAGAGUCCUCGAAGGAAGAUGAAGAAGAACUCAAAUCUUUGGACGACACAAGCACCGAAAAUCCCAACAUUGCGUAUUCGAAAUUCAUGAAAUUUAUGCAUCAGGAAGGGGACAUCACUAACGAAAUUCCAGAAUCCACUUCAGCGAGCACUUUGAGCUCGAAAUGGUCGCAAGAGUUCUCGGAACAAAAGGAAGAGGCUGAGAAGUCUCUGGGGAAUCCGGAUGGAGUUCUUAAUAAAGUUGAGGAAGAAUUGGCAGUGGCUGGGAGUUGGGCCAAUGAAUUUCUCGAAAGCGCUGGCAAUGUAGGUUCGGACACGUACGAAUCCUCGAUUUGGUCAAAAUUCGAAGGAGAGUGGGCAAAGGCCUCGAAAAAUAACAUAGCAGACGCUCAUCCCUGGUUGUCCGAUUACGAGAGUUACUACGAUCCCUUCAAGGACUACAAAUUCAAAGAGGACAACCCAAUGAAAGAUAUUCCCAACGCUCUAGAGCAAGGCAAGAGUCGACUGGAGGCUGGGGAUCUUCCCAGUGCCGUAUUGUGCUUCGAGGCAGCUGUCCAGCAGAACGAGGAGAACCCAGAGGCGUGGUACCUCCUGGGGAAGACCCAGGCUGAGAAUGAGCAGGAUCCCCUAGCCAUAGCAGCUCUAAAAAAAUCUCUAACGCUGGAUACAUCUAACGCCAAUGCACUAAUGACACUGGCCGUGUCCUACACCAACGAAUCUUAUCAGAAUCAGGCCUGUUUGACCCUGAAGGAGUGGCUCUUGAAGAAUGAGAAGUAUAAUCACCUGUUGGUGAAGCGGAAUAGCACAGAUAACCCAUCCAAAUCCUCAGUGUCGACGAUUUUAUUCGACGACGUGCACAAUGAGGUGAAGGACCUGUUCAUUCAAGCCGCCAGGAUGAAUCCAACUGAGGGAAUUGACGCUGACGUGCAGAGUGGUCUGGGAGUCCUCUUCAAUCUAUCCAGCGAGUACGAUAAAGCUGCUGACUGUUUCAGGGCAGCUCUCCAGGUGCGCCCAGACGACUCAAGACUCUGGAACAGAUUGGGCGCAACUCUUGCCAAUGGACAGAGAUCUGAAGAAGCUGUUGAUGCAUACUCUCAAGCGCUUGAACUCUCCCCUGGAUUCAUCAGGGCCAGAUACAACCUGGGAAUUUCGUGCAUCAACCUCGGGGCUUACAAGGAAGCUGCUGAGCAUCUUCUCACAGCACUUAAUCAACAGGCUGCUGGCAGGGGAGUCCAGGGUGGUAAUAAUGCCCCUCAUGCCAUGUCUGAAACUAUUUGGUCGACCCUGAGGCUCGUUGUGUCUCUCAUGCACAAGUAUCAUCUGACUGAAGCUGUGGAGAAGUGGAAUCUGGCAAAAUUGAACGAGGAAUUCGAGAUAUCCUGAAGUUAACAAUAACAUUACCCACAUGGAUAACAUAACGGAAUGGAUUGUUUAACUCUAAUGUUAUGGAUACAGAUAAUAAAGGAAAAUUAUUUGUAAAUCGUUGAA